CAGGUUUUUAGUUCCACUUUGGAGUUGCAGACGUGCGCGUUACAAACUUGGCUAACAGCUAAAAGCAGAGAGUGCAAGAAAGUUUUUUUUAGGAGCGAACGAAAACGGAAACGAAAACGAAAAUGAAGUUGUCUAAGAAGUGCUCCACCUACUUGGUGAUAUGCCUGGUUUUGCUGGCCUGCUGCUUGGAGGGGACGGAGGCCACGCGACGCGUGAAUCGCGGUCGUCGCACCCUCACCCGCAGAUACUUCAGUGGCCUUGCCAUACCCGGCUGGGCCUUGAUCAUCUGCGUGGCCAUCGCCGAGCUGAUUGUGGGCGGAGCUUUGUACUUUAUCAUGAAGAAGGUGAUUCUGGACAAGGAACCGGAGGACACAGCCACCUCAUAUGCCCCGUCUGCCACCCCCUACACCCCGCCCGCCACCACCUACACCCCGGCCGCCACCACCGCCACCACCUACACCCCGGCCCAGACGCAUGAGACGGCUAAUGCCACUCCCAGCCCACCCCCAACGCAUGCCACGGCCAUUGCCUGAAGUAGCCACAGCCGGAAGUAGUCCACAUAGUCCACUCCAUAAUCCAAUUCAAUUCAAUCCAAUUCAAGCCAUAAACUAGAGCAUUCUUAUCAUCAAAUCUGCAUAAAGCAGAAAGCGCAGCAGCGCACACAACCGGCACAAGUUACCUUUGUGUGCCCUUUGAUUGCCUUCAUUUUCGAAUAAAAUAAUAAUAAUAAUAAAAUCAUUACAACUAAAAGGCCAACCAACCAAAAC